UUAAAUUUAGUAAAAUUUAUUUUCAAACCAAUGAAUUUAAUUUCAAAUUAUGAACAUUCAGAUUCAGUUCCUGCUGACACAGGAUUUAUCACAUAGAACUGGAUCAGUGGUUCUGAACAGAACUGUUGGAUCAUCCAGAGCUGCUGCUGCUGAUGGUUCUUAUCAUAUGGGCCGGGUCGGGUCUUCAAACUACUUCCUGUGGGUAAAACUUCAAAACUAAAGACUUCUGACGUUCAUCAAAUAAAUCCUCAGAAACCAGGUUCUGGUUCCAGGUCAGAUCUGGAUCAGAACCGAUCUGUUUGCCCCCCAGCGGUCUCAUCAACAGAUAGAUCCUCGGUACGAGCCCAGACAUCUGGCGCCGGUCCAAAAGGUGUUUCAGAGAGAUGCUCAAACCACCGUUAACAGAGACUUGAAGCAGAAGCUGCAAAGCAUCAUGGGAGUUUUAAUGUACCCAUCACUGAGUCCUGGACCUGAGGGUCCAGCUCACCUGAGGGUCCAGCUCACCUGAGGGUCCUGCUCAGGAGACCUGGACCUGCUUCUGAAGAACUGGACAGAAGAGUCUGGAGACGGGUUCUUGAGAUCUUUCUGUUGGUUCUGGUUCUGGAGAGGUCGGCUGUGAAACCCUCAGGCUGCAGAUUCAGAAACAACCAGAACCAUCAGAUCAGAACCUCAGGGCCGGUUCUGGACCGGCUGGGUCCCAACAGAACCUGCAGACUGAGGCAGCAGAGACCUGAGUUCUCCUCCUGGUUUUACUUGAUCCCUGAACAUUUUACAGCUCUGUGUGUGUGUGUGUGUGUGUGUGUGUGUGUGUGUGUGUGUGUGUGUGUGUGGGUGGGUGAAAGGUACAGCCGGGUCCCGGUCAGACCGGACCAUCCGGGUCCUGGAUGUGUUCAGACCUGAUGUCUGAUGGAUGUAAAACCUCUCAGGUGGUCGUAGAUUAAAAUCUGAAAAUAAACCGACUGAUGACUUUAUUUCCCCUCAGCCUGAUGACAAGGGCUUUUAAACUGAAAAUCCUACAGAAACAGGAAGUCCAGAGGUUCAGGUUUUAGGAGGAGGAAGAAGAGCAGAAGGUGAGUCUGUCCUGAUCUGAGCUGGAUCAGGACCUCCUCCUGGACCCCUCAGACCUAAACCCAGCAGAGGUGUUCAGGUCUGCAGAUUAAAUCUGAAGUUUCAGAUUAUUUUACUGAAACGUUUCUUCAAACAGAAAAACUGAUUCUGUUUGAAGAAAAGGUUCACAAACCAUCUGAGACAUGAUGAAGACGAGUUUCUGCCUGACGAUGAAGGUCUGGGAUCAGCUGCAGGAGGCGGAGCUUGGACUGAGGAUGAGGAGGGGCUGUUUAUAAACCGCUGCUGUGGGUGAAGAUGAUGAAGAUGCUGACACGAGCAGCUGCUCCAACAUCAGAGGCAACAUGGCAUUGACUCCUGAGCUCAUCCUCAACGCUUCAGUUUGGCUCCGCCCCCAUGUGAAUGCCUCCUCCCAGCCUCCAAUCAGAGCCCUGUAUCCCUGGAGCUCCGCCCAGCUGAUCCUCAUCAUCGUGGUAAGCGUCUCCCUGAGCCUGCUGACGGUCCUGGGCAACAUGCUGGUGGUCCUGUCCAUCAAGGUGAACCGCCGCCUGCGCACGGUCCACAACUACUUCCUGUUGAGCCUGGCGGCGGCCGACCUGCUGAUCGGCGUGCUGUCCAUGAACGUGUACACGCUGUACCGGCUGCGGGGCCGCUGGCCCCUGGGGGCCGCGCUCUGCGACGCCUGGCUCGUCCUGGACUACGCUGUGAGCAACGCCUCGGUGCUCAACCUGCUGCUCAUCGGUCUGGACCGCUACCUCUGCCUCACGCGGCCGCUCGGCUACCCGGCGUGGCGGACGGGCCGCGUCGCUGGCGCCAUGAUCGGCGCCGCCUGGCUCCUGUCCUUCGUCCUCUGGACCCCCGCCAUCCUGUGCUGGCAGCGGGCCGGGGGCCGGCGGGCGGUCCCCGACGAGGACUGCUACGUCCGGCUGCUGGCCAGCCCGGCGGUCACUCUGGGAACCACGCUGCUGUCCUUCUACCUGCCGGCGCUCGCCAUGAUCGGCCUGUACGGACGGCUGUCGGUCGCCAGCCGCCGCCGGCUGAGCGCCCUCCAGGUGGGCCGGGGGACCCGCAGGUCCUCCAGUCCGUCCAUCAGGGACUUCCAACUGAAACGCCGCAGCUGGGACACCAGCGACACGGGCUUGGACCUGACCCAGAACCAGAGGAGGACGUCCAUGGUGGACACCAUGGAGAACUGGAGACACCUGCACCGCCUCUCUCACGACGGAGACGGAGACGCCGUCAGGACGGAGACCAGCUCCUCGUCUAUCGCCGACCCCCGCGGCCCGGCCUCGGCGGCGCUCUCCUCCGACGUCAGCCUGAGGUCUCAGGAGAGGAGGCGGGAGCGAGUGGCGGCGAGGGAGAGGAGGGUCACCAACACCAUCCUGGCCAUCCUGCUGGCCUUCAUCUUCACCUGGACGCCGUACAACGUCAUGGCCGUCAUGGCCGCCGUCUGGCACGUCCGGAUCCCCGACACCCUGUGGGACACGGGGUACUGGCUGUGCUACGUGAACAGCGCCCUCAACCCGGGCUGCUACUCGCUGUGCAACCCCACCUUCAGGAGGACCUUCUGCAGCCUCCUGCGCUGCCGCCACCGCCGCCGCGGGAGACUCAGCUGAUGCUGCCGCUGCGGGAAACUGUUCACACUGCGGCUCUUUACAGCCUGAAGGAAGAUUUCUGUUUAUUGAGGUUUUUAUUUUCAGAAAUCCAUCAACGUGAAUUUCAAGUGCCUGUGACUUUAAAUUUAAGGGAUUUAUUUCAGUGCAGAUUUGGAAAGAUGACAUCAAUGAUUGUGAUGGACUUGUGAUCUGUCCAGGGUGUACCCCGCCCCUCGCACUGGGACUGCUCGAUAUGGGACCAGUGACCCUGGAGGAAUAAGCAGGUAUAGAUAAUGGAUGGAUGGACGGACAUUAAUGACGAAUUGCAAAUCAAAAUUCACAACACUGAAAUGAACAGUUGUUGAGAUGUUUGCAUGAGCAGAAACAGGAAGUGAUGUCAUAGGGGAAUACCUGAAUGAGCUGUUACAAUGGUUAACAGACGGCAAAGAAUCAGAUGUUUCUGUAGAUUAUUUUGAGUUAUCAGGUAGACAAAGAGUCACUUUUAUUAAGACCAGGAAGUUUCUCUUUUUUUAAAGAGUUCCCAUUUGACAUCACUUCCUGUUUCACUUGAACUGCACCAAAUUAUCAAAAAAUAUGCACGUUUUGUGACAAACUGGGUAAAAACCAUGAAUGAUGCCAAAUUUCUCAAAUAUGAGGAUAUUUUAUUUAAUUUUCUGUAACUGAAGAAAAAAACGUGUCACAGGAGCUUUAAUGUGACGUUCAGAUCAAAGAGACUUUCUUUAAAAUCAUAAUUUAAAUCUCAGUUCUCUUUAAUAAAAACUUGGAUUUA